AUGGAUAUACUCGACGAUAUAGAGAGGAAUGAUACGCCUGAGAAACUAAGACAUACACCGUCUGGCCUUCUGCUAGUUCCACAACCCAGCAGUGACGCGGCAGAUCCUUUGAAUUGGCCACUGCGCAAGAAAGUCGGCAUAUUGGGCCUGGUUUCAGUGUGCACUUGGAUUGGAAUCGCACAGACUUUGGCCAAUCAGUCGGGCUUUUUUGCACAAGCUCAGGUCUAUCACAAGAGUGCGUCUGAACUUUCCUACUCGGCAUCUGCUGGGAUCGCUGGGCUGGCAACCGGUCCCUUCCUGUGGGCAAUUCUAGCCCAGCGGGUUGGGCGAAGCUCUUGUAUAUUCUGGGGUUUGCUUGGAAUGCUGGGGUGUAGCGUCUGGUCCGCAUGUAUGACUGGAGAGAAUGACUACAUCCCUUUUAUCAUCUCUCGUUGGGUUGGUGGGACAUUCGGCUCUGUCGCCUCGACUAUCGGAGCUGGUAUUGUGCUGGACCUCUUCUUUCUACACCAACGUGGGAAAGCAUUCGCAGUCUACGGCGUAUGUACCUUGUUCGGCGUCCAGUUUGGACCGACCUUGAGUGGGUUCAUUGUCGAGUAUGCACCCUGGUCAGUUCAGUUCUGGUGGGGAGUUGGUGCUGAGGGAUCUCUUGCAAUUAUUGUCUUCUUUUUUCUGGAAGAGACUGGGUUCUCUCGCGAUGGCAAGGUCUACCCUCCUCUUCCUAAGGAGUGGAUCUCCAACCGAAUCGCUACCUUCUUGCCGGGUACCGCGACCGUUCCACGAACGAAGGAAGAUGGCCGACGAUCUGCAAAGACUUUGCUGCUAGUUGCUGCUUGCCCUGUGACUAUUUUGACUAGCGCCGUUCUCUUUUUAGCCUUUGGGUGGGCUGUAGGUGUUGUAACACUGACUUCGGUGUUCCUGGGAUCCCCGAUCGAAGAAGGCGGCUAUUCUUUCUCCGCUCUCCAGGUUGCCUGUUUCACUUUCGUCCAGUGGCUCGGUGUAGCUGCCGCUGAGACAUGGGGAUUCUUCCUCAACGAUCGCAUUCCGUUGUGGUUCACCCGCCGAUACUGCAACGGAGUCUGGAAGCCGGAGAAUCGACUCUUUCCUCUGCUCUGUAUGCCAGCGAUUCUGCUUCCUACUGCGCUAGGGAUAUUUGGUGCUGGCCUGCAAUACCACUUACAUUAUAUGGUCUUGGGCCUAGCCAUCUUCCUGCUACAGCUCACCGAGGUCUCUCUUGUUCCAGUCAUCGUGAACUAUGGCGUGGAAUGCUUUACAGAUCACUCGCAGGAAGUGGUGACUAUCCUUAAUUUCUGGCGACUAGCACUGGGUGUUGCUAUUCCUUUCUUCAUUGGCGAGUGGCAGGCUACUGUAGGUACGGCUUGGGUGUUUGGAAUGAUGGCGCUUUUUAGCAUCUUUGCAUUCUUCCUUGCCGGUCUUCUAGCCUGGAAGGGAGACACGCUCCGACGCUACUCGUUUAAUAGUCUUCAAAAGUCCGAAGGUGGUGUGCAGUUGAUUGAUCAUUAG